AGUAGUAGUAGUAGUAGUAGUAGUAGUAGUAGUAGUAGUAGUAGUAGUAGUAGUAGUAGUAGUAGUAGUAGUAGUAGUAGUAGUAGUAGUAGUAGUAGUAGUAGUAGUAGUAGUAGUAGUAGUAGUAGUAGUAGUAGUAGUAGUAGUAGUAGUAGUAGUAGUAGUAGUAGUAGUAGUAGUAGUAGUAGUAGUAGUAGUAGUAGUAGUAGUAGUAGUAGUAGUAGUAGUAGUAGUAGUAGUAGUAGUAGUAGUAGUAGUAGUAGUAGUAGUAGUAGUAGUAGUAGUAGUAGUAGUAGUAGUAGUAGUAGUAGUAGUAGUAGUAGUAGUAGUAGUAGUAGUAGUAGUAGUAGUAGUAGUAGUAGUAGUAGUAGUAGUAGUAGUAGUAGUAGUAGUAGUAGUAGUAGUAGUAGUAGUAGUAGUAGUAGUAGUAGUAGUAGUAGUAGUAGUAGUAGUAGUAGUAGUAGUAGUAGUAGUAGUAGUAGUAGUAGUAGUAGUAGUAGUAGUAGUAGUAGUAGUAGUAGUAGUAGUAGUAGUAGUAGUAGUAGUAGUAGUAGUAGUAGUAGUAGUAGUAGUAGUAGUAGUAGUAGUAGUAGUAGUAGUAGUAGUAGUAGUAGUAGUAGUAGUAGUAGUAGUAGUAGUAGUAGUAGUAGUAGUAGUAGUAGUAGUAGUAGUAGUAGUAGUAGUAGUAGUAGUAGUAGUAGUAGUAGUAGUAGUAGUAGUAGUAGUAGUAGUAGUAGUAGUAGUAGUAGUAGUAGUAGUAGUAGUAGUAGUAGUAGUAGUAGUAGUAGUAGUAGUAGUAGUAGUAGUAGUAGUAGUAGUAGUAGUAGUAGUAGUAGUAGUAGUAGUAGUAGUAGUAGUAGUAGUAGUAGUAGUAGUAGUAGUAGUAGUAGUAGUAGUAGUAGUAGUAGUAGUAGUAGUAGUAGUAGUAGUAGUAGUAGUAGUAGUAGUAGUAGUAGUAGUAGUAGUAGUAGUAGUAGUAGUAGUAGUAGUAGUAGUAGUAGUAGUAGUAGUAGUAGUAGUAGUAGUAGUAGUAGUAGUAGUAGUAGUAGUAGUAGUAGUAGUAGUAGUAGUAGUAGUAGUAGUAGUAGUAGUAGUAGUAGUAGUAGUAGUAGUAGUAGUAGUAGUAGUAGUAGUAGUAGUAGUAGUAGUAGUAGUAGUAGUAGUAGUAGUAGUAGUAGUAGUAGUAGUAGUAGUAGUAGUAGUAGUAUGUGUGUCCUCUUUGGCGUGCUGUCCGGCAUGCCGGUGGUACCGUACUCAAUUUAG